AUGUUGAGUUUGUUCAUAAUUUUUGGAAUCAAUACUCUUCAAAUAAAUUCAGAAGCUAUAACCUGCUAGACUCUGCAAAUGCAACCAAAAAUAACAUGUUAAAUCAAACUUAAGGACUGUUUCAUAUUGGAAGGAGAUGAAGAAGAUUAUUACAAACUCGAACAUAUUGAUAAAGAAAUUAUAUAAAAAUCCUUUACUAUUCCUUACAAAUAUAUGCCUAUCUAUAUUUCAAUGUUCAAUAGAUUAGAAUAAGAUAUGAUCUAAAUGAAAUUAAUUUGUUAAUUAUUUCUGAAUUAUACAUAUUAUAUAACAUGUAUGAGGUAUGAUACAUUGAAUCAUUGUGAAAACGUUCAUCAAUUAGAGAGCAUUGAAAUAGAAACAAAUAUUUUAUCAGAAGAAAGAUGUGAUGAAAUGUAUUAAUUAGAAGAUGGAAGAAUAAUACUAUUCUGUUUGAAAUAAUUUAUUUUUAAAUAAUAUUCAGUAAAUUUUCAAGGAGAUAUUGUCCCACUUAUAGAAUAUGAUGUUUCUGAUUAAGUUUAAGAUUAGUGCAAGAAGAAACAGAAUAAAAUAUAUGGUAAGAAUUAGUUUAUAGUAUCAUUUUAUUAAUGUUCAAAUUGGAAAAUUUUUUCAAUUAAUACACACCAAAUCGAAAUUGUUUUGGAAUCUAAAAUGUAAGAUUAUUAGUCGGUCCUCAAAUUUUUUCCAAAAGUAAGUGAUGUAUAAUUAUCUCCAUUAUUAAAAAGUAUUCUAUAUCUCUUCGAAGGUAAUCAUUAUAUUCAAGUUAUUUAUGGAAUAAAUUAAUAAGGAUCCUAUUAAUUAUUUGAGAGUGAAAAUUCAAUUUUAAAAAUAAUACUAUUAAGGUCAAAUCCGAAUGGUCUGCUAAUUACAUAUUCAAAUAUGACUAAGUAUAAACCAUUUAAGAGUAUUGGAAAUGAAAUUGUCUUAAAUUAUACUUUUGAAGUCGAUAAUAUUCAUUUAUUUUCCAAUUAUCUCUUCCUAUAAAAUUAAACAUAGCUAAUAAUUAGAAUAGAUCAUCAUUUGAUUUAAAGAUACUAAAUUUUAAAUACACCAUUAAAUUUCUUUGAAUAAAGUAACCUAUUUUAUCAAAUAGAUAAAUAGCAAAAAUUGGUAUAAUUCUAUAGAUAUUUUCCUAUGAGUAGCUUCAUUGAACCUAAAUAAAAAUUUAUAUAUUUCAUUAAAAAAAUAGAGAACACCAACUCUUCAUCAUUAGAUUAGUGUUUCAGAAUGAAUUAUGAAAAUAAUUCGAAUGAGAAAAGGGAGUAUUUUAAAGAGAUCCAUAUCCUUAAAGAUUGUUAACUUAAGCAGGAAACAACAAUAGGAUUAGAAAGCCUUUUUUAAUUGCAACAACAAAACUUUUCUAUAAGUAAUAAUAAUAAUGACAUAAUUAAUUUGAGUAUUUGGAAAGAGGCAAAAGAAGAUAUUUAAUGUUAUUAAUGUCUAAAAAGUUAUUAAUUUAAAAGUAAGGCUUAUUUAAGAUAUAUGCAUUAGCAUAAUUUUUUAAUUUUUUAAGCUGAUGAUUCGUUAUAUUUUCAUAAUUGCAUAAAAAACAAGAUUGAAAUGAUUAUAAACACCAAGUAAUUUGAAGUAUUUAAACAUUUUGAAGAUUAUUUUCUUAUUGAUUAAAAGAAUCAAUAGAUAAAAAUUAUACAAAUUAUUAAUAGCGUUAUCAAUGAAAGAGUAUUAUAAAAUAAUGUUGAAAUAAUAAGAGCGCAUCAAGUUUCUUCUUCGCUCAUCAUCUAUAUAAAAAAUGAAAAAUCCCCAUUAUUAUUAUCCAAAGACAUUUUAUAAAUGUAGAAAAAGUAUCUUCCUUAAAAUCUUUUUUUGCAACAAUAAAUCCUUUUUUAUCAAGAACUAGGAGGUUAGAAAUUUAUACAAUAUCCAAAUAUCUUAGUUUAACUAUUUCAAGGAGAUAUUAAAUGUUUUGAAUUUUCUGGCCCCAUUAUAAUUUCAAUUAAAAAUGGGAUAAAAGCAUUUUAUUCAAUUAUUGCAGUACAAAACUAAACCAAUUCGAUACUACUUUAUUAUUCGAAUAUAUUUGAAUUACAAUAAUUCUAUAAUUUUACACUAGAAGAAUAUCAAUUUUCGAAUCCUUUAAAAUACACUUGCACUAAAAAUAAGUUAGCUAUUUUAAUUGAACAAAGUUAAUCUAUUUUUAUAGCUCUAUUCAGUUUUAAUUAAGAAUAAAUUGAUUUGUUAGAUAUUAUAAGCACUGAUGCUACCUAUUUCGAAUUCUAAAUACCAUAUUUAUUAUAUUUGAAAAAUGGGCAAAUGCGACAACAUUACAUAAGCGAGAUAGGCGCAUUAAUUGAAACCAAAAUAAGUAUCUUAACAAACCUUAUUACAUAAUUUAAUUUAAAAUUCAAACCAUCAUUUAAAUUUCAAGAUGAAUUGAAUUUAACUCUCUCAUUCUAAAAUGAAUGCUAUUAAGUUUACUCUCUAAAGAGUGAAAUUUCUUUCAAAUUAUCAAGGAAUCAAAAUUUGAUAUUAAAGAUUUCUGAAAUUUUUUAUGGUCCAAUACAUAAUUUAACAAUAAAAAACAACCAAAAAAUUGAAUUGAAGAAUCCUUUAAAAUCAUUAUACUAAAUCAAUUCAUGUGAUGAGGAAAUGCUUAUUUGUAUUUAAGAAUUAUAAUUUUAAUAAUAGAGUGA